CGGGCGCUCUCCGUCCGCCCCGCACCGACGUCGGCGCGAAGCCCCGCCGGCGGCUGGGGGGAGCGGGGGGGCGUGCUCGUCGCGGAUGAAAGGAGGCAGAUGCUUCCCGAGGCGCAGCCCCGCCGGAGGGGCUCGGCCCUGGCCAGUGCCUGUCCGUGUGCCGGCUGAAGCGCUCGGCCACCCCGCCCCCUCCGGGACGCGGGCACCCACCGGCCGGGUGUUGCGGAGCGGACGGAGCCGUGCGCUCCUCCGGGGAGUGACCGGCCGUCCGCGCUGCGCCGCUUUGGGCCCCGAACCACCGCGGAGGUGGCCCGAGGUGACGGGAGGCCGGGAGAGCUGCCUCCCCAGCGCCGGGAGCGCUGCCACCAAAGGUCAGCUACAGCGUGUCUCUCCAGGAGAACUCCACAAUGAAAAAAACAACCCACAGUUGCUUUUUAGUGAUCAUCCUUCUACUUAGAAUGGUUCCAAGUCUUUCUUCUACUGUAAAUUAUACUGAUCCUACAUUAGAGCCUGUUGUAACUGAAAAUUCAGUCAUACGACAGAAGAUAAUAGAUUCGCAGUUUAAAUGCUAUGAGAGGAUGAACAGAGCUCCUCCGUAUAAGAAAAAAGGACUGUUCUGCAACCGAACGUGGGAUGGCUGGUUGUGCUGGGAUGACACACCUGCUGGCAGGAUCACUGCUCAGAAUUGUCCAGAUUAUUUUCCAGACUUUGAUCCAACUGAAAGAGCUUCAAAAUAUUGUGAUGAAACUGGAAACUGGUUCCGCCAUCCUGAGAGCAACCGAACGUGGUCCAACUAUACCCUGUGCAACUCUUUCACUUCUGAAAAAUUAAAGAUGGCGUUCAUACUUUAUUAUAUGGCGAUCGUUGGCCAUGCUUUGUCUAUAACAUCGCUGUUGAUUUCCUUGGCAAUUUUCUUCUAUUUCAAGAGCCUCAGCUGUCAAAGGAUAACACUGCAUAAGAAUUUGUUUUCUUCUUAUGUGCUGAACUCCGUGUUUACAAUUGCUCACCUCAUUGCUGUUGUGCCUAACCCAGGCCUUGUAAAAAGGGAUCCUGUAAGCUGCAAAGUCCUGCAAUUCUUUCAUCAGUACAUGUUGGGCUGCAACUACUUCUGGAUGCUCUGCGAAGGCAUUUAUCUUCACACACUGAUUGUGGUGGCAGUGUUUGCUGAGGAGCAGCGUUUGCACUGGUAUUACCUCCUGGGCUGGGGGUUCCCUUUAGUGCCAGCAUCUAUUCACGCUGUUGCAAGAGCCAGAUACUUCAAUGACAACUGCUGGAUGAGUGUUGACACGCACUUGCUCUAUAUUGUCCAUGGACCUGUAAUGGCAGCUUUAUUGGUCAAUUUUUUCUUUUUGCUUAACAUUGUCCGAGUUUUGGUGACAAAGCUAAGAGAUACCCACCGUGCUGAGUCCAACAUGUAUAUGAAAGCUGUCAGAGCCACUUUAAUCUUGGUGCCCUUGCUAGGAAUUCAGUUUGUUAUCAUUCCCUGGAGACCUGAAAACCGACUCGCUGGAGAAAUAUAUGAUUACAUCAUGCAUAUAUUAAUGCAUUACCAGGGCUUACUUGUGGCAACUAUAUUCUGCUUCUUCAAUGGUGAGGUACAAGGAGCUUUGAAGAGGCAGUGGACACAGUACAAAACUCAGUGGGGCCAAAGGCGCCGAGAACACUGUUCCACGCGAUCUACCUCCUACACUGCCACAUCUAUCACGGAGGUCCCUGUCUACUUGUACCAUCAUGAUUCCAACAAUGAACAGUUAAAUGGAAGAUACAUAGAGGACUCUGAACUUGUUGCAUUAAAAUCUGGGGAGACAUCUGCCUAGCUCAGCACCAGCCAUUGCAAAUACAUCAUUUCACAUUCUACUUGUGAACAAAGUGGGGACAAGGGUGGGAGUGUGCAAAUCCAAGCCGCUGUGUCAGAGGUCAAGACCAGGUGAAAACACAUACUUGUCAAACCACAUCAGCCUCUGACAGCAAUGGCGCAGAGGGAGUCUGAUGCAGACCUGGGAAUAGCAUUUCUUCCUGUGCACUUCAGCAGGGAGUGAGCAUGGACCUACUAUCCGGGCUAUGUAAUCUUCACAUUUCCUGAUACCAGUC